GUACACAGCUUCUUACUUCAUUUAAAUAACAGUUUCCAAGCAAAUCAAAAAUCAAAAUGUUAGACUGCUGGGUUGGAAAUCACUUGGCAUGAAGGAGGGAAAAAAAAAUCUUUCAAAUUGUGGUAUCCAAAGUCUUCUAUGUUUUCUGCUUUCAUUCACGUUGGAGAGAAGAAUAGGGAGUCAGGAGAAGGAAAAGGGGAUGUUGGUGGAUGGAAGACGUUCUCAAACUGGAAGAUGCUGUUACACCUUCAGGCAGUUCUGUUCCUGGAGCAGGUACAGAUCAGAGGCCAUUCUGGAAAAACUUGAGCCCAAAGUAACGUCUACUAGCCACAAUAAUAGCAACAAAAACAAAUUCCAUACAACUCGCGCUGGGAGGGGGGCGUCCUUCCCUUUGCAGCUGCACUCUCCCCGUCCCGCACAAUAGUCUCACCGCUCAGCGCUUCUCAUGCCCCCUACUGGAGAAGGCAAGUAUGUUUCCGAGUUAAAAGCAGCAGAAGUUCCCAUUUCCCUCCAACUCUACAGUUGGGGAACCCAUAAGGCAGAGGGCGCAAAGUUCAGCUUUGACUGGAAAGGCGGUCCCUCCCUCUCUUGAAAUCCUCUCUUGUACCUUCUUGGAUCCGGUGUCCAAAACGACUGCCAGAGGCUCUUUUUCUUGGUCUGGAGAAAAAGGACUGGCCAGACUAAAAAGGACGGACUUUGGGGGAAUGCAGGAUUCCAGCCCUGGGCUGCGGCCCGGAGGAGAUGAUGUCACCACUUCUGCAAGAGAGGGCCGAGGGUGGGGCGGCCGAGGGGGAGCCCGCGCCGCGCCUGCAGCUGCCAAGGGAGCGUUCCCGAGCCCACGUCAGGGGAGGUGUCGGGAUAAAUAGGUCCCGCAAUGGCCGGGACUGGCUGCGCUCGGAGCUGCCGGGCCGGGGGCUGGAGCUACCAGGGCGGGUUCACGCCCCGGAGGCUGAGGGCUGGUGCUACUCGUGCUGUGCGCGUCGGACGGCGUAUACUCCCAGCCGGCCCCCGCGGCCCAGCGUUGCUGCCCACGGGAGUUUGGGACGAGCACAUCCCCUGUGCCCUAAAGGACUUCCUCCUUCGGGAAGGGAGAGAGAAAGCCUAGGGGGACGGGGAGAGAAGGGCCCGUUCUGCCUGUCGGGGUGGCGGCGCGGGAGAGCAGUGCCAUGCUCCUCUCCAUCCUGACCGCGCUCUGCCUGUGGCUGCGCCUGGCGCUGGGCGUGCGCGGCGCGCCGUGCGAGGCGGUGCGCAUCCCCAUGUGCCGGCACAUGCCCUGGAACAUCACGCGGAUGCCCAACCACCUGCACCACAGCACGCAGGAGAACGCCAUCCUGGCCAUCGAGCAGUACGAGGAGCUGGUGGACGUGAACUGCAGCGCCGUGCUGCGCUUCUUCCUCUGCGCCAUGUACGCGCCCAUCUGCACCCUGGAGUUCCUGCACGACCCCAUCAAGCCGUGCAAGUCGGUGUGCCAGCGCGCGCGUGACGACUGCGAGCCCCUCAUGAAGAUGUACAACCACAGCUGGCCCGAGAGCCUGGCCUGCGACGAGCUGCCUGUCUACGACAGGGGCGUGUGCAUCUCGCCCGAGGCCAUCGUCACUGACCUCCCGGAGGACGUUAAGUGGAUAGACAUCACUCCAGACAUGAUGGUACAGGAAAGGCCUCUUGACAUCGACUGUAAACGCCUAAGCCCUGACCGGUGCAAGUGCAAAAAGGUGAAGCCGACCCUGGCGACGUACCUGAGCAAAAACUACAGUUACGUCAUUCAUGCCAAAAUAAAAGCUGUGCAGAGGAGUGGCUGUAAUGAAGUAACUACAGUGGUGGAUGUGAAAGAGAUCUUCAAGUCCUCAUCACCCAUCCCUCGAACUCAAGUCCCACUCAUUACGAAUUCAUCCUGCCAGUGUCCUCACAUCCUGCCCCACCAAGAUGUUCUCAUCAUGUGUUAUGAGUGGCGCUCACGGAUGAUGCUUCUUGAAAAUUGUUUAGUUGAAAAAUGGAGAGAUCAACUUAGUAAAAGAUCCAUACAGUGGGAAGAGAGGCUGCAGGAACAACAGAGGACAAUCCAGGACAAGAAGCGCACGGCGGGGCGCACCAGCCGCAGUAACGCCCCGAAACCCAAGGGGAAGCCGCCUGCCCCCAAACCAGCCAGCCCCAAGAAGAACAUUAAAGCUAGGAGUGCUCCAAAGAGAACAAACCCAAAACGAGUGUGAGCUAACUGCUUUCCAAAAUGGGGACUUCCUCUCAGGGUGAGGCCAGGCAUUACCCACGCAGCCUGUAGAAGGCCGUACACCCCUUGCCUUAACAACUGCAGUCCUUUUCAUAGACACGUCUUGCAGCAUUUUUCUUAAUGAUAUGCUUCAAUUUUUCUUUUUAAGUCACUACAAGCCAUAGUGGUAGGUAUGCCUUUUGGUAUGGAAGGUAUAUGAAAGCUGGUCGAAAGAGCUUAUUGAGUUGAGAAUAAACCAUGUGCAUACUCUGCGGGAGCUCCACGUGGGGAAAGAUGCUUUUGUUCUUACAAUUUGACCUAAUAUGUGCAUUGUAAAGUAAAUGCCGUACUACAAACAAAA